AUGUCUUCUUCAGACUCUGUUGAUCACAUUUCCAAGUGGGUGGAACGUGUAUGCUUAAACAGUGGAAGAAAGUUUUUCAAACCUAAAGUCAGUGGAUCCAUUACACCUUCUGUUGGAAUGUUUUUUAAAUCAUUUGAUGAGGCUUUUGCGUUUUAUCAGAGAUAUGCACUUGCUGCAGGUUUUUCUGCAAGAAAAAAUACUUCUUGGAAAAGUGGUGAUUUAGUGAAAAUAAGAUAUAUUGUCUGCUCAAAAGAAGGAUUUCAUGUUAGCAAUGCAAUAGAUUCUUGUUCAGUUGAUGAAAAUAGUAAAAAGAUUGUUAGACAUAAUAGAGGUUCAAAAAGAAUUGGAUGCAAUGCUCAUGUGAAAUUAAUAUUAGAGAACAAUAAUAUGUUUAAAAUCUACUACUUUGAAAAAGAACAUAAUCAUAUCUUUGUUGAAGAUGAAGAUAUUCAUUUCUUGCCUGCUGCCAGAAAUAUUGAUUAUGUUAAAGAAAGUUUUAUAUCUGGAUUGUCUGCAAUCAAUAUUGGACCUGUUAAAGCAUUCAAUAUUAUGAAAACAAUGUAUGGUGGUUUUUGUGAAGUUUGUGCUAGUAAAGUUGAUUGUAAGAACAAUAGAAGGGAUUUGAAUCUUUACAUAGGAAAGUAUGAUGCAGAAAUGGUAGUUAGGCGUCUUAUUAGGAAGAAAGAAUAUUCUCCUAAUAGAAGAUUGAAAGGACUUUUCUGGGCUGAUGAGCAAUCAAAAACAAAUUAUACACUGUUUGGUGACAUAGUUGGUUUUUAUGCUACUUGUAAAUCAAACAAAUAUGAUUUGAUUUUUGUACCAUUUACUAGGAUUGAUAAUCAUUUUAGGAAUGUCACAAUUGGUGGUGCAUUACUUGGUUCUGAGACUGCAGAUUCUUAUAGAUGGCUUUUAAGGUGCUUUGUUAAUACUUUUGGAAAUGAGCCUAAAGUUGUUGUUACUGAUCAAGAUGCUGCAAUGAAGAGAGCUAUUAAGGAUGUUGGUCCUGUUUUGUCAUCAAACAUUGAUUUUAAUACAAGAAUGACUCAUGUUGUUUGGAAUGAUACUAUUAUUCCAGAAGAUUUUGAAACUGAGUGGCAUUCAAUAAUGUCUACUUUUGGAUUGGAAAAUCAUGAGUGGUUAAAAGAUAUGUACGAUCUUCGAUUUGAUUGGAUUCCCUCUUAUUACCAUGGAGAGAAUUUGGCGGGUCUUAUGCGUACUACGUCUAGAUGUGAAAGCGAGAAUUACUUCUUUGGUCCGUUUUGCAAUCCAAGAUGUACACUUGUUGAAUUUUUCACUCAUUUUGAGACUGCAAUGGAUUUUCAAAGGCAUGAGCAAACGUUUCCUAGAAGAUAUGUUCUUAGAAGAUGGAUAAGAGAUGUUGUUUCAAAUGGAUCAAUUCAUUGCAAUAUUCGGUUUGAUGAAAUUGGUAGGAAUAGUGAAAUUGAUAAAGUUUUUAGAGAAAUCGUUGUUGCAAAUGAGUAUGUGGUUAAUAGGUUGGUUGGGGAUUUAGAUGAGUUGUGUCGUUACAGAGAUCAUAUUAAAUGUUAUAUUGAUAAAGCGGAUGAGGUUAUGGUUGUUGCGCCGCCUCCUAGUCGCAAAGAAAGAUUUGCUGAUAUUGGAGGGAACUUAGAAAAGUCUGAUUCUAUGAUUCGUGUCUCGAUCAAAAUAAGGACCAAAGGAUGCGGUGUACAAAAAAGGAUCAAGUCUAAUCGUGAGAUUGCAAUUCAGAAAUCAUCAAAGAUCCAGAAAUCGUGUUGUGGGGUUUGGUUCUGCAUAAAGGGUGGUUUCCUCUCGUUUGAUUCGAAGAGACAGGUCUUCUUCUCCGAUGAAUACUGCAAAACAGAACACCGUUAG